AUGACACUGUCAUCAUCAUUAUGGACCACCGUCUACACUACUUUAAUUUUUGAUUCUGUAACAGAAAACGUGACAUCACUAUUAACAAAUACUAUAACAGAAAAUGUAGCACCACUAUUAAGGAACACUACAUAUAGAGAAAAUAAAACAGAAGAAUACCAAGUUUCGAAUAUUGAAUUUGUAAAUUAUUCGAUAUUGCACUGGCCUAAUUAUUUAUGGUUUGCUGCUGGUUUAGGAACUGGAAUAUUCAUAAUGUUAAUUAUAAAUUCCAAUUUAUAUUGCAAAGUCUGGUGUCCUAAUUUUCGUAUCUUAAGACGCAUUUGGAUCUUCUUUAGAAUCCUUUGGCACCGUUUUAUUGUUUGGUAUCGUCACGUUUGUCUUGGUAGAAACGAAUAUUUUAUUUCGACUCCCAAGCAAAAUAACAGAGUUAUCAAAGAAUACAAAAUAAACUUCCAAUCACUUCCGCGCGUCUCACUAUCAUCGCGACUCACAAGUCAGCCGCGAUCUUUACAACAGUCACAAUGGAAUACUACGUUACCUACAGUCUCACGGCAAUCUCAUAUCCAACAGCAAUUAUCAUCCAGUUCCGAUUCAAAUCGAUUACUAGUUUCCCCAAUUAGAAACAGCCCUGCAACCAUCGAAAAGUCCCGAAUUACUGCAAUAAUACAUACAACUGCCAUAACAACCAUGAUUGCCACAUCAACUACAACGCCUGGACGAUUGACUUCUUUUCCUACACAGUAA